CCUAGGCCUGGUCAGGUUCUCGGACUCGUUGGCACUAAUGGAAUUGGUAAAAGUACAGCACUCAAGAUUCUCGCUGGUAAACAGAAGCCGAAUCUUGGUCGCUAUGAUGAUCCCCCCGAUUGGCAAGAAAUCCUGCGUUACUUCCGUGGGUCCGAGCUGCAAAACUAUUUCACCAAGGUCCUCGAGGACAAUUUGAAGGCACUUAUCAAGCCACAAUAUGUUGACCAUAUACCUCGAGCGAUUAAAGGCAACCUAACCGUCUCACAAAUGCUGGACUCGAAACUAGAGCUUGACAACAAGCAAAAAAUGUGCGAUGAGCUGGAGCUGAACAACGUUCUUGAUCGUGAAGUUUCUCAACUUUCUGGUGGAGAACUGCAGAGAUUCGCGAUCGCCAUGUCAUGUAUUCAGAAGGCCGAUGUAUAUAUGUUUGAUGAGCCCUCAAGUUAUCUCGAUAUAAAACAGCGGUUGAAGGCUGCGGAGGUCAUCCGGUCCUUACUCACCCCAGACUGCUAUGUCAUCGCUGUCGAGCAUGAUCUGUCGGUAUUGGACUAUCUUUCAGAUUUCAUCUGUUGUUUGUAUGGAAAGCCAUCUAUGUAUGGUGUUGUGACGAUGCCUUAUUCAGUCCGUGAAGGUAUCAAUAUCUUCCUGGACGGUUUCAUUCCUACCGAGAAUCUGCGUUUCCGCGAGGAGUCUCUGACAUUCAAGAUGAUGGAGACUGCCGAGGAGCUUGUUAUUGACAAGACCCGCCAUUACUCAUAUCCCUCUAUGACGAAGACUAUGGGCAACUUCAAGCUCACUGUUGAGGCCGGUAGCUUCACCGAUUCCGAAAUCAUUGUCAUGCUUGGCGAAAACGGGACAGGCAAGACGACCUUUGUCCGUCUGCUUGCUGGCGUGACAACGCCGGACGACGAGGCAGAUAAAAUGGAGUUGGCGGUGUCCUUGAAGCCGCAGACAAUAUCGCCAAAGUUCCCAGGAACUGUCCGCAUGCUUCUGAUCAAGCAGAUUAAAGCUUCCUUCAUGCACCCACAGUUCCAGACAGACGUACUCAAACCAAUGACUUUGGAUAAUAUUAUGGAUCAGGAAGUGAAGACGCUCUCCGGAGGUGAGCUGCAACGUGUGGCUAUUGUCCUUGCACUUGGCAAACCCAAUGUAUCUGUUUAUUUGCUUGACGAACCAAGCAGUUUCCUCGACUCUGAGCAACGUAUCAUCGCGAGCAAGGUCAUCAAGCGCUUCAUCCUUCAUGCCAAGAAGACUGCUUUUGUCAUCGAACACGACUUCAUCAUGGCAACAUAUCUGGCUGACCGCGUCAUCGUCUUUGAGGGGGAACCUGCCCUUCGAGCAACUGCUACACCACCGCAGUCCCUCCUCACUGGAAUGAACCACUUCUUGGCAUCGCUCGAGGUCACGUUCAGACGUGAUCCUACGAACUUCAGGCCAAGAGUCAACAAGCUUCACAGCGUAAAGGACAGAGAGCAGAAGGUCAUGGGCAACUACUUCUUCCUUGAGGAAUAA